GCCGCGGCGAAAUGGGUCCCAAAAAGAAAAAGUCUGGUGGUGGCAAGAUUAGUAAAGCUGAACGGAUGAGGCUGCUGAGAGAGGAGGAAGAACGGCGAAUGAUCGAGGAAGAGCAGGCCCGGUUACGUGCUGAGCUGGAAGAAACUGUGAGGGCUGAAAAAGAACGUAUUGAGAGAGAGAAGACAGAACAACUUGAGGCCAAAGAUCAAGAACGCCGAGGUGUGGAGUUAUCUGAACUUUAUGAGUUAGAAGAGAACUUUUUCCUGGCGAGCCAAUGGAAGUUGAAAUGUAGAGCCCUUGCUAAGUGGGAACAUUAUACAGGUUGUGAUGGCAGUCCAGACCCUACAAUUCCCCAGGAAAUCAAUACUUUUAUGAGCUUGUGGCUAGAAGACACAAAUAAUGAUAUCAUGAUCGUGGUUGAGAAAGGCAGCAAGGUGCUGGAACUCAUUGCAAAGUUAGAAAUGUACAUAUUGGAGACCCCGUUUGACGAGCUCUCUUCAGAUGAGGUAGCUCAAUACCAAGAGACCAUUUUGAACCUGCAGAAUUUACUCCAUCACAAAUACAACCAAGCGACAGAACAGCUGCUGAAGCAAGCCAGCAGUUAUGCAGAAUCUGAAAGUGGAAAUAUGGAAGUUGUCAUGAAAGAAAAGGACAUCACGUUGUGCAUUUGGGCUAAUCUCAAGAAGAAUCCAAGAUUCCGGAACCAAUUAUUUUAUGAUGAGGAGAAGCAGCCCUGCAAUGGAUUUGAACUUCCCAAGCCGCUGACCAUCUGCGAUGUGGCUAUACGCAUCUUGCACACCCAUUACGACCAUUUGUCCCCUAUUCAAACUUUCCCCAAAGAACCACCAAAGCUGGACCUCCCAACUACAGAGAUCUUGGUUCAGCCCAGUGGGGAAAAGAAAGAAAAAGAGGAAGAGCCUGGGAUCCUGAAAGACGUUUCUGAGAGCAAAACAGAACAGUCCUCAGUAAGAACCACGACCUUCAGUGAUCUCUUCACUUAUCCAGAAGGAAGAAGAAAUGGAUCGCGGGAGUCUAGCAUUAGAGAAGAUUAUUAUAACAGAAGCUCCGUUCUCCUUCAAUCCACCUCCAGAGCUCACAUUUCAGCCCUGCGGCUCUUUGAUAUCAGUGAAUUGGAGGUCCUUGAAGAUUUCACAGUGGAUUUGCACCAGUACAUGUCAGUGGGAGGUGUCUAUCAUUGCGAUGUGCUGAAGCUUCCACCUCAAGCCAAGCAAGUCAAGGGAUGGACCAUGGUCGAAGUGCUGGAUACAGGAUUAGAGACCUACCCCUAUGUUGCUCUAUAUGAAGAAGGUGAAGACAGCUCGGCCAUAACCGUGGGGAUCACAGUCCAUCUUCCUGAUUCUGUGAUUUAUUUUGAACAACCCCUGAUAGCAAGAUGGGAUCCUCAAGAUAAAUAUUGGAGAACAGAUGACAUUGGGGAGGUCGUAUACAAAAUGAAAGAGAAAGAGAUCUCCUUUAAAAUGAACGGCUUCUUCACCGUUACGCUGCUGCAGGAUGCUCACCUCAAUAUGCCCUACCAGUGCUGGGAGCUCCUGCCCAUUGGGCCCGAUAAAGCUGUCCUUACCAUCCUCACCACCUUCGCUGAGGUGCAGAUCCACAUCAAGGACAAUCAAUGUAUGCUCUAUUCAGUCGCUACAGUAGAAGAUUCUGAUCUGCUUUUGGGGCUGAGAGAAAAAUGGAUGACUCCCAUGGCCCUCAUGGUGACACUGAAGCGAGCUGGCAUGAACAUCUUCCCCGCUGAAUACUCCACAAAGUAUGUCAGCGUGAACAAAAAAAGCCUGCUGGCAGAAAUCAUGGUUUACCAGCAAAUGUCUCUUGUUGCAACUUCUUUUGCCUUUGGCUGGAGCAAGUGGAACCUGAGGAGUGGAGAGGAUAACGUGGUCUUUAAGGCCUGUGAACAUCUGACAGAAGAAGAACUAGUGGAUGACGAAUUGUGGGAUCUUUAUAUGUUCAAUGGGCAAAGAGCUCAGAAGCUUGCGAUUGAAGAAGACAGCUACAGCUUCUCCAAGAACAUCGCAGAAGGCUCUGAAUUCCACUCCACUCUUUACCACCUCAUUAAAGAUGCGGGGAGUGAAGCUGCAAUGGACCGAGUCAGACAGAGCAACUACCUUUUCAUCGAUGCUGUGUACCAAUUACUCCUUGGCACAAGGGUGCUGACAUACUCGUAAUACGCCAGAAGCUGCUUAAGAACUUUAUUGAGUUCGAAGACGCUCCCCAUCAAUAAAAAUAAGAGGUGGAAGAGAUCACGUUUCAGACUUUUUUAAAAAAAAAAAAAAGAA